CAGUGGCAGUGAUUGGUGCGUGUUGCAUGUGGGGCAGCUGGGGGCGCGCAGCGGGCUGAGAAAAUGUUGCGCGUUCAAGGGAGGAAAAAAAAAAAAAUCGGAGUCUGCGCAGUGUGGUUUUUCUCGACACUCCGAACUUUCGGGAGAACCACGGAGGAAGGAGGGGAGAGGGACAGGACAACGCCAUUUUUCCUGAGACCCUCGACAGGUGUCUUCGGCCCAGACUGGCAGGUGGAUCAGGACCAGAGAGUCCUGGAGGACGGUGACAUUCAGACUCAGGUGGACUGAGUUGUAGCGGGCCGUCAGAAGAGGAGGAGGAGGAGGGGAAUGGAACGAGCUGAAGGCGCAGCUAUGUCGUGGCGUCCGGACGAAGAAGAGUUUAAGGUGGAAGGAGUGACGGGAGGGUUGAGAGUCAAACCGAGGUUCACCUUCAGCGAGCUCAAACUGUUGCUGGAGGCCGUGAAGAGGAACAGAUACAUCCUCCUCAGGAAGUUUAACCAGGGUGUGUCAGCUGAUGCCAAGAAACGGACCUGGACUGAAAUCACCAACCAGGUGAACGGACUGGGACAGACGCACAGAGAGGUGCGUCAGAUCAUGAAGAAAUGGGCGGACCUCAAAUGUGACGCAAAGCGACGCAUGGGGGCCCUCCAGGGCCUCAACGGCGGCAACCUGAGGAACAAGAACCUGGGCCCUGUGGAGAAGAUGGUCCACAAGAUACUGAUGAUGAGUCCCAGAGGAGACUGCGACAGCGACCUGGACCUCGCCGAAGAUGAAGAUUUUUCGAAGCUUUACAGUAAAGGCCCCUCCCCCACCCCGCCCCCCUACUCCUACCUCAGCCUGACGGACAGCUCCCACUCGAUGCCUGGAGGAGCCUCCUAUGAGUUCUCUCCUCUCUCCUCACCAGAGAAAGAGCUCGGGGGCGACCCUUUUCACUCGUCUCCUGAGUGCGACCUGACUGAGGACGGAGAACGAACGAUGGACUUUGAAGACAACGACGACUCCAUGUUCUCCACCUACCCUUCCUCUCUCCCCCCAACCUCCUCCCCCUCACUGGACCCCCUGCCUGACAACGCCCUGCUGAGGAUGAAGCCGGUCCACACCUACUCCCGAAACAACAGCCAGAACAACACCUCCUCCCGCCCUCCGCCUGGACCCUCCUCCUCUGUGGCCUCCACCUCCUCUGCUUUCCCCUUAGUGUCUGAUUCAGACGCUGCCUCGUCCUCAGCUGCACCUCCCUCGGAGCAGUCCCACACAACCGCCCCCCCUCCACCUCCUUCUACAUCUGCUGCAGCCAAUACCUCACACCCUGCACCUUCCUCCUCCUCCCUCCCACCUCCUGCUCCUCCUGCUGCUGUAUCUUCCUCCUCUGCUGCUUCUACUGCGACCUCCUCCUCAAACUCCCACAAAGCCCCUCCCUUCUCCUCAGCACUUCCACCCAGGCGUGCCUCCUCCUCAGGCUCAAACCCGCCUGACCCUCUCCCAGGUGGAGCUUCGUCCCACAGGGACCAGGUGGCCCAGAUGGCGUCUCAGAGCCUCCAGCAGCAGCGUGCCAGCAGGAUGCUCCUGACCUCGGUGUCUCAGUCUCUGGAGAUGUUGGCGCAGUCGGUGCAGCUGCUGGUGGAGACGCAGCAGGAGUUUGUGCAGGAGUCUCUGCUGCUGCAGAGGGAGACGGUGGACGUCCUGAGGGAUUUCUCCAACACGGCGCUGACUAUGCUGAGAGACAAAGCCAACAGUGGACAACUGUCCUCACACCAUCGCCCUGCUGCACACUUCUGAAACACGGAGAUGAACAAAUUUCUAAAACAGACAUGGCGGGCGACCACGAGCCAGGUGCAGCUGUGGCGUCCGUGUGGAGACGUUGGGAUUGAAACAGCCAUCCUGUGAGAGAGACAGUUCAUGUUUGACUUUAACAGCCUCUAUGGCUGCUGGACAGAAACGUCUGUCCACACACACACACACACACACACAUGCAGUUUUAGGCUACAGGCUGUUUAUUUAUGUGCCUGGGACUUUUUUUUUCUUCUAUAUUUUUGUUUGUUGCAGGCUCGUGUGUGUUUUCACACUGUAUUUAGAUUUCAAAGGUUUCGAGCUGCUGAAACGUCGUCGCUCCGUAACACAGAUCGACUGACUGGAUUUCCACGUCCUGAGCGCACUGGGUGGUUUAACUGGCUCGCUGAAUGAGAUGAAACUAACAAAUUAACUAAAGCACCAACCUCACGUUUGAGCUCCGGGAACGUCCCUCUUGUCACCGUCUUCACGUUGGACAGUUGGACUCUGGACUGGAGGAACACGUGAUUUGGUGGGAGGAGCUGUUGAGACAGAGCGGAGAGGACAUGUAGUCCUCGUCACACCCAUGUCCUCCUCACUCAGGAUGUGGCCAUGCUACAACUUUGACAAAUAAUAAUUUUGAAAAUUAGGGAUGCACCGAUUUAUCUGCUGAGCGUCAGUAUCGGUGGAUAUUCGCCUCGUCGACUGUCGUCGGCCUCUGGCAAACCACGUGACAUUUACCGAUGGCAGCGGCCGAUGUUUUUCUGUUGUGUCACAUCAAUUGUGCGCAGCGUUCUGCAGACGACAGAAAACGUACAAACGGAAAUCUUCCCGGGACACUUUGAGACGAAAGGAUGCAGUAAACUCAUUAUCGAUGCGUCAGGAAACGCACCCUACUGUCUGCCUGAUAACACUACGUCGUGAACAACCUGUUAAAAUCAGCAGGAGCAGAGCUAGUUAGUGUUAGCUCGAGCAGCCAAGGCUGCAACUAACAGCUGCAUUUAGUUACGUCACGAUGUGUUCGAGUUCUGUUCGGUAAAAACAAGCAUUGGGAGGAGGUCAUUUUAACGUUAUUAUGAUGUUUUCAAAAUGUAAUCAAGAAACUUGAAUAAAUUUGAGCUGUUUGAAGAAGAAAUGUGUCGAUGUUUUUACAGCAAAAUGAAACAGAUAUUAGAGAGGGAAUUCUGAUUCCUAUUAAACGUUUCUCAGUUAUUAAAGGUCGUUUCAUAAAUGAGUGUAAUGAUGGACUGACUUUAAACAGUUCAGUUUUUUUACCACAGAUUUCUUUGUUUGGCACAAAAAGGGAAAAAAUAACAGCAAAAACAAAAAAAAACAAAUAUCGGCCCAGAAUUUUAUAAUCGGUGCAUCCCUAUAAAAAUUUAACACAACUGACAUGUUUUGUUGAAUUUACUGCUGGUGAUAAAAAACAUCUGUCAUUUCCCAACGGUUAAUUUUCGUCUUUCUUUUUUUAAAUGAAGGACAAACAGUUCUCUCCUGCCUCUGUUUUUGACGUGUCCAUGCCUUUCUCGUGAACGCAAUAUCUCAACAACACCUUGAAAGAAUUUCCUCAAAUUUGGCACAAAUGUCCACUUGGACUCAACGAUGAACUGAUUUAGAUAUUGAUGGUCAAAGGUCAAUGACACUAAGACCUUGCAUCCAUCUCAUUCUAAUAUCUCAAGAAGGCCGUUGGGGAAUUUCCUCAAGUUUGGCACAGAUGUUCAUGUGGACUAAAGGAUGAACUGAAAUGAAUGGAUCUGAAUGAAAUAACUAGAUUUUGGCGGGACUAGGUCACUGUGACCUCAUUGGUUUCAUUCUUGUGAACACGAUAUCUCAAGAAUACCUUUAAGGAAUUUCUCCAGAUUUGGCACAAACGUUCAAUUGGACUGAAGAAUUAACUGAUUAUAACUUGGUGGUCAAAGGUCACUGUGACCUCACAAAACAUGGUUUUGGCCCUAACUCAAGAAUCCAUACGUUAAUUAUGACAAAACUUCAUACAAAUGUCGAACAGGAUAAAACAAUGAAGUGAUGACAGUUUAUAUCCAAAGGUCAAAGGUCAGCUUCACUGUGACAUCAUCAUGUUCCACAGUCCACAUCAGAGUGUAUCUCAAGAAGGCCUUGAGGGACGUUCUUGGAAUUUGGAAAAAAAACGUCCAUUUGGACUCAAGAAUGGUCAAAGGUCAAGAUUUAUGUGACUAUCUUGCUCUCGUGAACGUGAUAUCUUAAGAAGGCCUUGAAGAAAUUUUGUCUAACAGGUUAAAAUAAUGAAGGUCAGAAGGUCAAAGGUCAGCUUGACUGUGACAUCAUGUUUUAACGUCAUAUCUCAGGAACAGAAGGGGAGACAUUUGGUCAGAUACUGAAUUGGUGACUAAUCUUGAAACUGUGCUGAUUGUAUAGAUCUUCUGUGUGUGAAGCAUCCAUGUUUUCACUGACAUGGAUGGAGACUGUCAGAGACACUGGACUGGUGGGCGGAGUCAAACAACCAUGAUGACCCCAUGAUUUUAAAUAUGCUACGAUAUGCAAUAUAUGCGAUGAAAUGUAUUGCGAUUUAUUCCCUUUUUUCAACAGUAAAUUUUGUCCCCAAAGGAAAACUAUGUCAACACCUUAUUAUCUAAUAACACAAACUUUUCUGUCUGUUCGUCUGACCUCAGCCAUUUUUUUGCAGCAAAAUGUAUCUAGUGGACUAAACAAGCAUCUGAUUACAUUACUGUAGCAGGCUCAGUAAGAUUUUAAACAAGUUGACCCCAGAAACGGGACAUUGUUGUUGUCUUGAUGUUAACAGCUUUAGAGAUGGCAGUAAUGUGCUGCUGAAGAAUGAGAAAUCAAGUCUAUUAUAAAAAAUAUAUUUGUAAAAUUAUUAAUGGAAAUAUCAUGAUGAGACGUUGCUACAAGCCAGAUGUUUAAAUAUUUGUGCCGUUGCAUCAGUUAAACACUGAGAGCUCCAGCAGAGCUCUGGGUGCGCUGAACCUGGUCAGCCACUGCGGCCCGUAAUUAAGGACAGUGAAUUUGAUCAUGUAGAUUUAUUAGAGGAUAAGUUUGAGCUAACUCCUGAACUUCACCCUGCGACCCUGGUGAGCAUCACAUUCCUGACUUCAACCUCCAGGUCUGUUUGAAUCUUGUAGAAAACAGCAGCACAUGAAGAAACACUGGUGUUAAUGUUCACACACCUCUGUGUGAUUGGAACCACAACACUGAGACUAACAUGUUAGUAUGUGGUUGUUGCCCUGCUGCCUGAUGUGCUGUUGAAACUCCAACCCUCUUUUUCUUCGUCCCAACUGACACUUCAUCCUCAUCCUCCCUUACAGUCGGCUCUCUGUCUGACUGACUGACCAAAAUGACUUGUAACUGUCUGCUGUGACACCGGGCUGUGAUGUUUCCUUCCAACCAGAUCCUGACAAUAAAGAUUUUAUUAUUAAAAGAA